AUGGAUCGUUUUUUGGGUCAUGUCAGUCGGGCUGUUCCGUUGCCCCCGGGAUUCCGCUUGACUGUCGCGUCAAUCAGCCGACCGUUCAGUGAACACCUGACCUAUUUUGGGACCAAGGGUGGUGGUCUGUUGUUGUGGUCAGCCUCCGCUAUGACACCGGACACAGUUCGUUCGGUGUCUAAUCCGACUGACAGCACCGGUUGUAUUUGGACAGAUUGGACCCGAUUCCAUCCGGAAGAGUUCUCUUUACAUCCCAUCUUGAAUCGAAUUCGAUCGUGGUGGGCACAUUUACAUUUCCCGCCUGGUCAGCCUUCAUCCGAUGCAACUAAAUAUGCCUGGUCAAAUAUCGAUCUUCUCAAUUCACGCGGUGAUUAUGUGGAGCGAAAGAUAGACUAUGUGGUAAGUGAUGAUUGA